GAUGCACUAUGAGCGGCUGCGCUAUAAAUAAAAUAAAUACAACGGACACGCCAAACGAGGGGUGGGAGAAGGACAGGCCGCUCACAAUCGUACGGAAUGGCCCUAGAAUUCUUAUUUUUGCAACCUCCACCUUCAUUUCGGUGCGCGGGCAUUAAGAAAACGUAGUAGGCGCUGGUGCAGCACGCCGAUCUUCUCCAUGGAAGCAGAGAAGACCAAUCCUGGGGGAAGUAACCCUGCGAGAUGGAGGGCGGCGGUGACGGAGGCGAGGCGCGAGGCGGCGGCGGCGGCGGCGGCGGCGGCGGCGGCGGCGGCGGCGGCGGCGGCGAGAACGGCGGCACCGAGUCUCGGUGAGCGGCGGCGGGAGGAGGAGCAGCGGCGGCGCUCGCUCGCUGUUGGCGGGAGCGCUUUUGAGCCUGGGAGCCCAUGCCACUGCGACCGGCUCGGCGGCGCGCAAGGAAGCAGGCGCAGCGGAGGCGGCCUAGCACCGGCUCGGCGCCGGGCGGUUGCGCUGCCCGCGAGCCGCGUCCUGAGCCUCGGCAGCGCGCUGCGCGGCGCGGCGCUCGCGCUGCUUCUGUGCCGAGAGCGGCAUGAUUCGCCAGCUGAAGCUCGAGA